AUGGCGAACCAAGAGACUCACUAUGGCUUCGACGAAGGCGGAGAUGACGACCAGUCUAUUGUGUCGACGCGCGGACUCGAGGCUUUCAGUCGAAAGGUCACAACUACAGCUACUCAUUUGAUCGGACCCAAUGCCGAAGCCACGGCCCAUCACUACCAAACCGCGAUGGCCGAGGUGCACAAACAAAUGAAGCGGCCGACGGUCCAGCGAAGCAUGUUCGCGAUGGCCAGGACAACCCCAACCGACCUCAUGCGCUCCAGACUUUCAACGCACGAAAUCCAGCAUCGCGCUUUGACAUACCUUCCCGAUGAACUGCUUGCCAAUAUUCCUGAGCAUGAUAAUCCUUACUCGCUGUUUCAGGGUUUCCAGGCCAGCUUCCCCGAGCUGACUGACGAGGGCAAAAAGUUCCAGCGACGAGUCACCCGCGGUCGCAAGAUGCUGGAAGACUCAGACGGGACGCCAGGAAGCCCCAAAAAAUUGACUCAAUUAAAAAAAGAGAAGGCUGCCAUGAUGCAUGAGUUUGGAUUGCUGGGCACUCGUAAGAGCAUGGCGAGCUACGAGAUUCGGGAAAUCGAUAACAAAAUCGCUAAUCUCCACGGCAUGCGAAGAAUUAUUCUGGACAGGCUCGCUGGGUUGGAACAAGAUGAAGCUAUGCUGGAGCACGACAUUUCCGAGAUGGAAAUCCGAGUUGAUGAGGCGCAGGCGCUGGUUGAUGAGGCUGAGGAAAUCGCACGAAAUACACGAACCCAGGAUGAACAAGAUCUGGUAGGCGAUGCCGAUGAUCACGAUCAUGAGUUCAUGUCCCAGUCAGUUUAUGAUAAGAUUCCCUCCUCAGAACCAGGUAGCACGCCCCGGAAAACGAAAAAGGUACAUCGUAAGAAGUCAAUGCCCAUUCUGCACGAGCAUUUCGAGCCUGGCACAGCUAUUCGCGAGCUCCGAGCACACAAGGACACGAUUACAGCUAUUGAUUUUGACGCCCCCUUCGGUACCAUGGUUACUGCUGCGCUGGACGAUACAGUUCGCGUUUGGGAUCUCAACGCUGGUAGAUGCAUGGGUUAUUUGGAAGGGCACACUGCUUCGGUACGCGCCUUGCAGGUUGAGGAUAACAUUCUCGCAACGGGCUCUAUGGAUGCGACCAUUCGACUCUGGGAUCUCAGUAAGGCGCAUUACGACCCUCACGGCGGCUUGGGAAAAGACGACGAUGAGGAUGCUAUCGCUUUUGGAACGGAUAACCACCUCGAGCCCCCACCUGGUAGCAUGGCCGAUUGCCCUCUGUACACAUUGGAAUCACAUGUCGACGAGAUCACAGCCCUUCACUUCAGGGGCGAUGUUAUGGUUUCCGGUUCUGCAGACAAGACGAUUCGCCAUUGGGAUCUUGAAAAGGGACGUUGCGUGCAAACAUUAGACGUUAUGUGGGCGGCAGCAGCAAGUAUGACGACUACAGACAGCGGGUGGCGACCUACGGGGCGGUCUCAGAGCAGUUCGGCCGACUUCGUGGGUGCAUUGCAGGUAUUUGAGACGGCACUUGCUUGUGGUACCGCAGACGGCAUGGUGCGACUUUGGGAUCUUCGAAGCGGCCAGGUCCAUCGCAGUCUAGUUGGCCACACAGGUGCAGUUACGUGUCUCCAAUUCGACGAUGUGCAUCUGGUGACGGGAAGUGUAGAUCGAAGCAUCAGAAUUUGGGACCUUAGAACAGGGUCUAUUUACGACGCAUAUGCUUACGACAAUCCAAUCACAGACAUGAUGUUUGACGCCCGAAGAAUCGUCAGUGCUGCUGGCGAGGACGUUGUCAAGGUGUACGAUAAGGUGGAGGGACGCCAAUGGGAAUGCGGCGCAGGCAUCACAGCCGCUGAAGAGGGUAAGACUCCCGCCAUUGUGGAGCGUGAUGUUCAAGUGGAUCGUCUUGACGAACAUUGCCCUUCAAGCCCUGAAGAGUCCAAGGGGGCUUCUGGGAGAAUUUUAGGGAAAUCGGCAGAUUCCGCUGCGCAUACAGAUCCCACAGGAGAUGCCGUGGUUCGACUUCUUGCACGGCAGGCUCAUGCAUUGAUCACAAUCCACAAUGAUUUGACGUCGAAUAAGAGCAUCGUCAAUAUCAAUCAGGGUCUCCUUAAAAGAAGGAUAGCAGACUUGAUCUCCAUCUCAUCAUCCAAAUUUUACGCCUACCGCUAUGACCUCCUCCCUGUCGUAUGGCGUCAGAUAUACACUGACGCUUGCAUCCUUGACUCUUUUAGCCUCAUUGUGCAACCACUCAUAAUCGAUAGCAUUGUCCCAGAUAAGCUUCUAGAUCUUCUCGUUGAGAAGCUUGACAGAGCACUCAUCACGGCUGGUGGUGGUGGACGACAAGAAUGGCUUGAGGAGACGAUACGGAUGCUUGAAGUAGCCUGGACGGCGAUAGAGGAACACGAGAGGCCAACAAAGCGCCAAAGAUAUGACACUUCGACGCAAUGCUUUUCCAACUACCAGCCUCACGGACAACCGAGGCUCUCGCCUACGAGGGAAUGUCCUCGACACUCCGGCUGGACAAUGCCCCAGUUUGAAGGCUAUAUGAAUGGGAACAACGGAGAGCCUCGGCCUGUUAUCUUCACAGAUUUAAUUACAGAGUGGCCUGCUCUCACAGACCGCCCCUGGAAGGAUCCAGGGUAUCUCCUCUCUCAGACCUUUGGAGGGAGACGUCUGGUACCGGUUGAAAUCGGUAGAAGUUAUGUUGAUGAGGGUUGGGGUCAAGAACUUAUCCAGUUCCGUGAUUUCCUUGAUCGCUAUGUUACGGGAGAUGCAGAUAGCAUUGGCUAUCUCGCCCAGCAUAACCUCUUCCAGCAGAUCCCUUCUCUUCGUAACGACAUAUCCGUACCGGACUUCUGCUGGGUUGACGUCCCACCUCAUCCAACAACUCCGUCUCUAAAUCAGCCGCCGGUUGAUAUGCCCCAGCUCAACGCCUGGUUCGGCCCAGCGCGCACUAUCACGCCUCUUCACACUGAUGGCUAUCAUAACCUGCUCUGUCAGGUCGUUGGAACAAAAUAUAUCCGUCUGUAUCCUCCUCGCGCAACACAUGCGAUGCGGCCGCGAGCAUCUGAGCAUGGUGUUGAUAUGAGCAAUACGAGUGGAUUGGAUGUGGGUGUGCUCGAAGAAUGGGAUGAGAAACCCAAAGAUAUGAAUGACAAAGAUGUCCAACAGAUGAGGAAACAGCUCGAAGGUAUCGAGUAUUGGGAAUGUAUCCUUAAACCAGGAGACACACUGGUUAUCCCUAUCGGAUGGUGGCAUUAUGUGAGAAGUCUAAGCGUGAGCUUCAGUGUGAGCUUCUGGUGGAAUUAG